UGUUACAGUGCUCGCUCGCACUCGCACAUCUCUUAUUCAUUUCUCUUCUCUCUGCUGUGGCGCGCGCUCUCAUAAUAAUCCCAAUCUUCAUUAUUAGGGUUUCAAAUCUCUCCCUCCCAAAUCAAAAUCUGCAUCUCUCUCUUCCACCAAUGGCACCCUCUUCACUCUAUUUCUAGGGUUUCGUCAACUUUCCAUUUCCUUCGAUAUCACAUAGCCAGUGAUGAGCGACGACGCUUCCGAAUUCAACUCAAAAUUUCCCACCGACAACCCCGCCGCCGCGGUUACCGAUACCGCCGACGACAACUCUUCCACCCCUCAACCCACUCACGGAGCUCCCAAUUCUCCGUCUGAACAUGGUCCGGCGACUGAGCCUCCCGCUAGGGUUUCGCGAAAUGAUGACGCGGCGGUUGUUGAAGAGUUCACGGUUAGGGUUCGUUCCGAUGGUAAGGAUCGAGAGCGUGCUGAGAGAUUUUCAGGUUCUGAUAGCAAAUCGCUGUUGACGGAGUUCGAUGAGUACGUGGCUGCUGAGAGAAAUGGAGUAGCGACGAGGAGGGAUCUAGAGCAUAGCUUUGAAGUCGGUGAUUUGGUGUGGGGGAAGGUGAAAUCUCACCCGUGGUGGCCAGGGCAUAUAUUCAAUGAAGCGUUCGCGACCCCUUCCGUGCGUCGAUCGAGGAGGGAAGGUCAUGUGUUGGUGGCUUUCUUCGGUGACUGCAGUUACGGCUGGUUUGAACCGGAGGAGCUUAUCCCUUUUGGUCCCAAUUUCGCCGAGAAAUCCCAGCAGACGAAUUCCAGGACUUUUCUGAAGGCUGUGGAAGAGGCUGUUGAUGAAGCUAGCAGGAGGCGUUGUCUUGGAUUGGUUUGUAGGUGUAGGAACCCUGAUAAUUUUCAGCCCACAAAUGUUCAAGGGUACUUUUCUGUUGAUGUGCCGGACUAUGAGCCACCGGGGUUCUAUUCUGAGAGGGAGAUUGCGAAGGCAAGGGAGGCUUUUGAACCGAGUAAAGCUCUUGAUUUCGUGAAGCAAAUAGCCCUGGCUCCCCAUGACGGAAACCAUGGAAGCAUGGGUUUCAUUAUGAAUAAGGCUACGGUUUCUGCUUACCGGAAGGCUGUGUUUGAGCAAUAUGAUGAGACUUAUGCACAGGCUUUUGGGGUGCAGCCAUCACGCCCUUCUCAUCCACAGAAUGUUCCUCUCCAUCAACCUGUGAGGCAUCCUUCCAGAGCUCCUUUGAGUGGUCCAUUGGUGAUAGCAGAAGCUUUGGGUGGUGGGAAGAGCACCAAAUCUGUUAAAGUCAAGGACAAUUUGAAAAAGGAUAAGUACCUUUUUAAGCGGAGAGACGAUCCGGGUAACUCCUUGCAAGUAGCAUAUAGGGAGGAGACACCUGAUGCAGCUGGGGGUUACAUAUUGCAAAAGAGGACUCCUUCUGUGCCUGUGAUGCCUUACAAUUUAGAAAAGAGCACAGAAGCUGGGUUUAUUAGUCCUGAUAUUGCAGCUUCAACUUCAGAUGCAAAAGAAGCUUUGAUAGGUCAGGUGCAAGCAGAUGGGCAUAGUCUUACAUCCCAAGCUAUUUCCUCAGAUGCAAAGCCUCAUCCUGACAUGGGGAAGGAAUCUUCUGACAAAAUGACCCAUAGGUUUGAAAAGGAUAGUGUUUCAAUUAAAAACAUGGGUAGAUCUGAUUUAUCUAGCACUGUUGAUGAGAGUUCUCAAUCAUCCCAUCUGGAGAGCAAAAUAUCUGUUGAUGCUAUACAUGAUGAGUACGCGAAAGUAUCAGGACCAUCUGAAGAUAUUAAGGAAGCAGAGCAGGGACUUCUGACUGUUGUUGAUGGAGGAAAUGACAUGCAUCCAGUUAAAAGUGAAAAUAUUGUAAAAGCAAAGCUUCUAAAAAAUAGUGCAGUGAAGAAGAUAAAAGGCCAUAAGCGACCAGCAGGUGACUUGAACUCUGUGACUUCCGCUACUGGGGAGAGAAAGAAGAAAAAGAAGAAAGAUUUAAACUUACAACCUAUGUCAGACCAUCUUGAGAAGCAUUCUACUUCUGUAAAAUUUGUACACCUUCCUGGAAAACCUGGCUCAACUGAUUUGGCCCCUAGAGAGGGAUUUCAGACAGAACAAGUGCAGGCAGAUGUUAAUGCUCGUAAUUUGCUGCCCAUGGAUACCUUAGAAGAUGUUAAUUCUGAAUUGCCACAACUUUUGGGUGAUUUGCAAGCUCUUGCUUUGGAUCCUUUUCAUGGCAGUGUAAGAAAGAUCCCUGCAGUUGUUCGGAAAUUCUUUUUGCGGUUUAGGUCUCUUGUUUACCAAAAAAGUUUGGUUCUAUCUCCACCUUCAGAGAAUGAAACUCCUGAAGUUCGUGUUACUAAAUCUCCUGCCAGUAUCAGGAUAUCUGACAGUCCUGAUGACCAUGUCAGAGCUUCACCUCCUGUAAAACGCAUUGUUCGGCCUGAUGAUCCUACGAAGGCUGGGCGGAAAAGGGCCCCUUCUGAUCGCCAAGAGGAAAUUGCUGCAAAAAGGUUGAAGAAAAUCAAGAAUUUAAAGGCACUUGCUGAAGAGAAGGCAGCGGCUAAUUCGAGAGCUUCUGAAGCCCGGCGAGAAGAUGCUAAAGAAUCCCAGUCCCAGGCCCCAGCCAAGUUUGUGAAACCAGACUCAUACUCCCAGUCCCAGGCUCCAUCCAAGUUUGUGAAACCAGGCUCUGCAAAGAAGAUGAACCGUCCAUCUAAGACAGUUGAGCCGACUACACUGGUGAUCAAGUUUCCUCCCCAAACAUCCCUUCCAUCUGUUGCGGAGCUGAAGGCAAGGUUUGCUCGUUUUGGACCGAUGGAUCAAUCAGGUUUUCGUGUAUUUUGGAAAUCCUUGACUUGCCGUGUUGUAUUCCUGCAUAAGGCUGAUGCUCUGGCUGCAUAUAAAUAUUCUGUAGCAAACCAAUCUUUAUUUGGCAGUGGGGGUGUAAGGUGCUUCCUUCGCGAGUCCGAGGAUUCUGCACCUGAAGUAUCUGAAGCUGCCAAGGUUAGGGGAGAUGAUGGCACCAAUGAAACACCUCGAGUCAAGGAUCCUGUGGUUCACCGCCCGGCAUCAGUAUCAUCAUCACAUCAACCUCUUCCGCAGCCAGCGAUCCCGCUCAAAUCUUGCCUGAAGAAAUCAACUGGCGAUGAACCAGGUCAGGUGGCUGGUAAUGGAAGUAUUAGUAAAGGAAACCCGCGUGUAAAAUUCAUGUUAGGUGGGGAAGAAAGUAGUAGGGGAGAGCAAUUAAUGGUGGGUAAUAAAAACUACAACAAUGCUAGUUUUGCUGAUGAUGGUGGUGCACCUCCUUUUGCAAUGGAUUUUAAUAGUAAGAAUGUUCAAAAGGUCACUUCUCAACUUCCACCACCCAUUAUUCCCCUUGCUACGAAAAACCCACAACAUAAUAUGCGUAAUUUUGAACUGGCAAUGGCACCCAGAAACAGCCCGAAUUUUAUUAACACCACUACUACUACAUCAGCCACUGCAACCCCAGUUGAUAUAUCACAGCAGAUGAUAACCCUUUUGACGAGGUGCAGCGAUGUUGUGACUAACCUCACUGGUUUACUAGGCUACGUGCCUUACCAUCAACUUUGAAAAAAAUGGCGCAAUACUCUAUCUUACACCAUACAAGAAACGUUCACCAGUUGGAUAUUGUGGAUGUGGAAAAGCAAACAUUGGGGCCAAGAACAGUUUCGAGCGUGGGUUUUGUUUGAGGUUUUUGAGGUCCUAGAAUGUAAAAAUGCACUCUCAUGUUGCUGACAGUGGCAUCUUCUUGUUAGCUUUUGAUGUUCUUAUUUAUUUGAACCAUUUUUGGUGGUACAAAAGCCAACGCCACAUAGCUGCUUAAAUUUA